UUAAAUUGUUGUAGAAAUUAAAGGAUAAACCAGAAACGGGGGCACUUGUUUCGCCCGCCCACGGACGCUUUCAGCCAUCAUUCAAUGCUCUAUCAAACUCUCCCCCUUUUCUUCCCUUUGAAUCCUUCAACUGCUCCCCCCUCCUCUUUCUCUUCCUCCUUUGUUUCUGUAACUGCUGCUUCUCCUCUUCUGUCUCAUCUCUUCUCCUUCUCUCCCUCGUCUUCUCAACCCCAGACAAAACCAGAAAUGGAUUCCGUGGAAGCAAGAGCAUUGAAAGGCAGUUUUCAACCAGAGUGUAUGGCCUUCCUGAAAGCCUCCCAGCAACCUUUCCUUGAUGACGUCUGGGUUGCAAAUGGGCAAACCGGAGUCCCCGGCGAUGACUUGUUUGUGGAUGACCUUCUGGACUUCUCCAACAACGAUGUUGAAGAAGGGCCCGCUCUUGACCAAGAAGAAGAGAAGCGCUGCACCUCUAUUUCUUCCCACGGAGAACAACCAGUCCAAGACAUUUCAAAUGCUACCAGCUUUUCCAUUUCCGAACUCAGUGUUCCGGAGGACGAUUUAGCGGACCUAGAAUGGUUAUCUCAUUUCGUGGAGGAUUCUUUCUCGGAAUUCUCUGUAGCAUAUCCAUCAUCCUCAAGCCCCAAGGAAAAAACCCUAAAUGGAAAUGAGAACCGGUCUAAAACGGAAACCGUGACGGCAACGGUGAAACCCCCCUGUUUCCCGGCGCCGGUACCUUGCAAAGCCAGAAGCAAGCGUUCCAGAACAGGGGGAAGAGUAUGGUCCCUGGGGUCGCUUUCGUUUGCUGAGUCCUCCUGCACGUCUUCAUCGUCUAUUUCGUCGACGACGACUUCGUCAUCAUCCUCUUCCACGUCACCUUUUGUCUUCAUUGAAAGCGGGCAUAACAUUGACAUGUUUUACUACCUUGGGAAACCGCCGGCCAAGAAACACAAGAAAAAGAAGAAGAAAUUUGGGGCGGAUGCCAGCGGCAGAGGAGAUGGAAGCCGAAAACAAGAAGAAGAAGAAGAGGGAAGGAGGUGCAGUCAUUGCCAUGUCCAGAAGACCCCACAGUGGAGAACAGGUCCUUUGGGGCCAAAAACACUGUGUAACGCUUGUGGGGUUCGCUACAAGUCUGGUCGGUUGUUGCCUGAAUAUCGUCCGGCUUGUAGCCCUACUUUCUCCAGCGAUGUCCAUUCUAACAACCACCGAAAAGUUUUGGAGAUGCGGCAGAAGAAAGAGAUAGAUUCGUCGGAAUCAGGCUUGACUCCGGUUCUCCAGAGCUUCUGAAAUUCACACUUUAGAGUUCAGACUUCAGACAAUUCCAUUAAUGGAACUGGGGUGGUGGUGGGGGACCUAGACCGGCUGUUUAUGUUCCCGGUUGAGCCAUUCCGAGCCGGUGAAGGGGAACGGAUGAUAUGUAAAAAUUUUUAACUUUUUUUUAAAGUAGUGGGUGGGUGGGUGGGAGUAGGUUUUUGUAGGCAUGUAAUGUAAUGUAAUGGCUUAAUGGGCUCCAGUUUUAGGUAGUUUUCGUGUUAGGAAGCUUUCUCUUCCUUCUUUUCGGAAGAGAUAAGAGCAGAAAAGGUUUUUAUGGUGGCUUUUGUAUCUCAUUUAUUUAUUUUUAUUUUUAUUUUU